AUGGCUCAGGCUAUGCCGAAUCAGCCUAACACUGCAGGGAAUGAAGCAAACCGUAAGUUGAGCACAUUUCAGAGGGAGAACCUGCCUACCUUCAAGAGCAGGCAUGAUCCUGAUGGUGCACAGGCUUGGAUCAAAGAUAUUGAGAGGAUUUUCCGACUGUUGGAUAGCUCUGGGUGCAGAAGAGUGUUCGCAUUGAGUGGAUCAUAUGGUUUCAAGAAGGAUAACUUGAUUCGAGCUACUUGUUUUAUAAACAAUGUUGAGUUAAUUGCUAUUAUUGAUAUUGGUGUUACUCAUUCAUUUAUCUCACUUGAAUAUGCUAUUAAGUUGGAAUUAAAAUUACCUGAUAUGAAUGGUAAAAUGGUGAUGGACACUCCUGCUAGUGGUUCUGUCACUACUACUUAUGUUUGUUCAAGAUGCCCCCUAACUAUCUUUGGUAAACGUUUUGGGAUGGAUUUGGCGUGUUUACCCCUACACCAAAUUGAUGUUAUCCUAGGAAUGAGCUGGUGGGAAUUUAACUAUGUUCAUAUCACUUGUUAUACCAAAAUUGUGAUGUUUCCUGACUUUAGUGGUGACGGAGGGCUGAUGUUUUUGUCGGCUAAACAAGUGGGAGAGCUACUCGAGGAUGAAGCGGUGAUACUUGCUAUGUUUGCAUCACUGCAAGUCGAUGGCGAGGCUACAAGUGUUGAUUUUCUUGUUGUUUAUGAAUUUCCAAAUGUGUUUCCUAGUGACAUCAGUGAUUUACCUCUGGAACGUGAGAUAGAUUUUACCAUUGAACUAGUUCUAGGUACGAGUCUGAUGCCGAUGGCUCCUUAUAGGAUGUCAGCUUCAGAAUUACGUGAAUUGAAGAAACAAUUGGAAUAG